GACCGAGGAGUCGAGGAGGGGGAUUUGAUGAAAUGAGAAAGGGCAAUGGUGAUACACACUCUGUACAGUAGGUGGCGGUAUGCACCUUAAAGUUGUUUGCAAUCCGCCUUUAAAUCGACAGAAGAAGAAGUGAUGCACCGGAAGUGAUGGUCUCGCUCUUUCUAAUGGAACCAGAUCACGUCUCGUGGCUUCUCUCGGUUCUCUCGCUACAUCCAUGGUUCUCUCUCGGUGUUCCUGAGGAAGUGUGUGUGAGCAGCUGAUCCGUCCAUCGUCUGUGUGUCUGGAUGAACCUCUGACUUUGUGCUCUUUCUUCUGAAGCCUUUAGCUCGGACUCUAGAAGCUAGCUUAGCAUGCUAGCUGGUAACACGCUAGCAACACAGAGUGAGAGAAACGGGAAGUGGUGAUUUAGUAAACAUGAGUGUUGUCCUGCUCUCGUUGGUGAAGCAGCGACUCACUGCGGCUGCUGAAGACAUCUUUGUUCUGUUUGAAAGAACGAUAGCAGAGUACGAGGAGGAACUGUCUCGUUCAAAACAGGAGAACGAGAGACACCGGAAACUACUGGACGCUGUUUUACAGCCUCAGCUUCAGAUCCACAGAGCAGACGUCCAGCAGCUGGUGGUGGUUAAAGAAGAGGUUCCCCCUGAACAGCAGGAGUGGAGCUCCAGUCUGGACCAGGAGGACCCAGAGCCCCCCCCACACAUUAAAGAGGAACAGGAGGAACUCUGGAGCAGUCAUGAGGGAGAGCAGCUUCAAGGGCUGGAGGAGGCUGAUAUCACCAAGUUCACAUUCACUCCUGUCCCUGUGAAGAGUGAAGAUGAUGAAGAGAAACCUCAGUCCUCUCAGCUUCAUCAAAGACAAACUGAACACCUGGAAACAGAAGCUGAUGGAGAGGACUCUGGAGGACCAGAACCAGCCAGGAACUCAGAUCCAGAGAGACAUGUACAACCAGAGACUGAGGACAACCCUGGAGACUCUUCUGAACCUGACACUGAAGACAGUGCUGAUUGGAAGGAGACCAGAGAACCAGGUUCAAAGUCUCAGAAAAAUAAACAAAACCCUGUCAGUGAUUCAAUACGUAGUGCAGGAGAGAAUACAUUUGGCUGCUCUUUGUGUGAGAAAACAUUUACACAGAGAGGAAAUUUAAAUCGGCACAUGAGAAUCCACACAGGAGAGAAAACAUUUGGCUGCUCAGUAUGUAAGAAAUCUUUUGGACAGAGAGGAGAUUUAAAGAAACACAUGAGAAUCCACACAGGAGAGAAACCAUUCAGCUGCUCUAUUUGUAAGACAUCUUUUGGACAGAGAGGACAUUUAAAGUACCACAUGAGAAUCCACACAGGAGAGGAACCAUUCAGCUGCUCUAUUUGUAAGACAUCUUUUGGACAGAGAGGACAUUUAAAAUACCACAUGAGAAUCCACACAGGAGAGAAACCAUUCAGCUGCAGUGUUUGUGAAAAAAGAUUCACCCGGAGAUAUCUGGUCAAAAUCCAUAAGUGUGUUGGUCGUCAGUCCUCACAGCUUCAUCAAACUCAAACUGAGGAGAACGGAGAGGCAGAGCCUCCAGCCAGCAGCUCAGCUGAACACAUGGAAACAUAAGCUGAUGGAGAGGACUGUGGAGGACUAGAACCAGCCAGGAACUCAGAUCCAGAGAGACAUUUACAACCAGAUACUGAGGACAACCCUAGAGACUCUUCAGAACCUGACCCUGAAGACAGUGAUUAUUGUUAGGUUCAAACUCUUUGAGUUAGUCCCAGUAAAUGUGUAUAACGCGAUACCUGCUCGAAAUGUGUUAAAACAUCAUUGCUCUAAGUGAAGUCUGAAUGUGUAUUAAAACAAAUAUUAAGCACAGAAACAAGUCCAUUGUGCUCUAAUGACACCAAAGUAACCAACACUUAUGGCAACACUGACAAAGAACCAAAGCCAGCCAAGAACAUGACUUUAGCUUCUCCUGACCCUGAAAUCAGUGGUGAUUGGAAAGAUCUGUUAUUCCGGUUAAACACUCUAAACCAGUGGUUCUCAACUGGUCAGGCCUCGGGACGCACCUUUUUCCUUUGUCAAUCAAUCGCGACCCGACAUUUGCUUUUCAGCAGACAAAAUCAAUUAAAGUGAAGUACAGUGCAUAUAUCCCUUAUAUCCCUUCACAGAACUAAAGUAUGCUUUUAAAAAAGGUUUAAUGAGAUGAUGGAAUCAAAGCUGAACUGUAUAACAUAAAAAGGCACACAUGCUAAAAACCCAACCCCAGUAGGGGGGUCUGGGGGGAUUUUCUCCCAGGAGAUUUUUUUGAAAUGCUAACAUAUAAACUACGCAUUCUGGCAGGGCCAUCCCUGGCCAUUUUGUGGCCCCACGCAAAGUCAUAUGAUGAGGCCCUCCGUGUCGCAGCGGCAAAACUGUGCCGCGCUUUCACUAAUUGAGCCGCAUAACGGUGCGCUCAGUUGAGGGCCCCACGUGAUCUGAGUGUAGGGAGGGACGGCUCUGCAUUCUGGUACACUCUGAGAAGAAAAUAAAUAAAUCUAUUAGGCUACUACCCGACAUAUUAAUAAUAUUUGAUGCCAUUGUUUGUGUUUCACUUUGUUCUGAAGCUGAACUUGCUGCUCCUCACAGAGAGAAGAGUAAAGAGGAGAUGGUCUGUGUGAAUUACUUUAAAUUGUGGGUAAGGGUAGAUAGCUCCCAUUGUACUGUGACCUGUCAAUCAUCAAACCGGGGGUCAUAUUUCAUUAUGUGUUCAUUUGUAUCUGAAGUUGUACCCAUGGGUGUAUGAGUGUGGGCAAAUAUUACGCCUGAAAGACAGUCUGAAGAGACGUGAGAAUUCACAUGGGAGAAGCCAUUUGGUUUCUCAGUUUGUGACCAAAAACAUAGACAUAAAAACCAAAGUGAAUCUCCCUUUGAACAAGAAAAAGCAACGGCUGAUCUCUUAUCGUUUAGUUGAUAUCACUAGCUAAUGUGAGUUACAUUUCAUCCUGAUGCUUUUGAAGAAUCGUUGUUAAUAAAGUGAACUCUUUUUGAAAAGGAA